GCCAACUGAUGCUAAAGCAGCCCUGAUUACGCGUUUCUUUCUCCCUGCUUUUACGCGCGAACAAAAUGCGAGCUUUUAUUUCAGCUGUGACCUUUCUGUGGGUGAUGACCCUCCCCUGCAUAGAAGCUAUCCACGGAUUGUACAACUUUGGCCAGCAUGAAUUCUUCCCAAAGAAGAACAACUGCAAGCCAAUUCCUGCAAACUUCCUCCUGUGCCAUGAUAUCGAGUACACAGAGAUGCGUCUCCCCAACCUGCUUGGACACGAAACCAUGAACGAAGUUCUGCAGCAAGCUUCGUCUUGGAUCCCCCUGGUGAGGAGACAAUGCCACCCCGACACGAGAAAGUUCCUUUGCUCUCUUUUCGCUCCCGUGUGUCUGGAUGACUUGGAUGAGCCCAUUCAGCCGUGCAGGUCUUUGUGCGAGAGCGUCAAGAACGGCUGCGCACCAGUGAUGUCCGCGUUUGGGUUCCCCUGGCCGAGUAUGUUGGACUGCAGCAGGUUUCCACUCGAUAAUGACUUGUGCAUACCGCCUGCAGGCAUGGACAACUUUGUACCAGCCACUAAAGAAGUGCCCAGAGUGUGCGAUGCCUGCAAGGAAACAGAUGAAAAUGACAACGAAAUAGUUGACAAUCUGUGCAAAAAUGACUUUGCCCUGAAGAUCAAAGUCAAGGAGAUCUUCUACAUCAACGGAGACACCAAGAUAGUCCCCGAGACCAAGAGCAAGACCAUCUACAAGCUGAACGGCGUGACGGAGCGGGACCUGAGGAAGACGGUGCUGUGGCUGAAGGACGGCCUGCAGUGCGUGUGCGAGGAGAUGAACGACAUCAACGCCGCCUACCUGGUCAUGGGCCAGAAGCUGGAUGGGGAUCUGGUCAUCACGUCUCUGAAGCGCUGGCAGAAGGGACAGAGGGAGUUCAAGAGGAUUACCCGCAGCAUCCGCAAGCUGCAGUGCUAGGAAGGACAAAAAGAAGGGUGUGUGUCACUGUGUAAGAAGAAAGUUUAGUUGAUUUAUUUCCAUUUUUCUUUUCAAGUUGUCACAAAAGUUAAAAUAUUGGUUCAUUUCUGCUCUAAACUCCAGCAAAGACAUUUGGCCUUUAAAAAUACAUAAAUGGGCUGGUUUUAGGUUCUCAUCAUCUUAAAAAAGCAGUCAAUAUUAGGCUUAUCAGGAUGCCAGAUGGCUUAUACGAUACUUGUGUAAAUCAAAUGAUCUUGAUAUUUUUGAAGAAUACAAGUCCAAGGCAACAAAUAUAGACUAAUAUCCUGUUAUAAGUGUCAAAGUCUGCAAGCAAGCCUCUCUGUAUUGUCUAAAUUGCAUAAAAGCAUUCAAGCAAUUUGGACAAUUCUUUCUCUCUAUCUUCUCCUGCGUCAGCUAAUGAAAAUGUAACUGAAGAGAACUUGGGUACUUUUCAGUAUUGCCAAUAAUUACAAUAAUGGGGACUGCAUCGUUUUAAAAAUACAUGGUAUUGAAAAGAAUUUUAAAAAAUUAAAAGUUAUAAUUACCUGAGUCAAUACAUAAUAUCUGCAGCUGAUUGAUUCAUUUUUUGAAUAUGCAACUGUAAUUAUUUUUAUAUCCUAAAGGGCUCUAUAUCACAGUAUACUCAAAAAGACAACUUCUUUACUUGAUUUAUGCCUGAAUAAGACUUAAAAAAGAAAUAUGUGGAAGUUAGGCAAUUUUAAAAAAGAAGAAUUUUAAGUCAUAAUUAUAGAUAAAAAGCCAAAAUUAUGAAGUAAAAAGUGACAAGAAUGAGAUAAAAAGUCGGAUUAUAACAUAAAAAGCCUAGUGAUGAGACAAAAAGUUGAAAUUAUGAGACAGGAGUCAAAAUUAAUUGAUAAAUAGUUGAAAU